UCACAUAUCAAGGUUAUGAAUUUUCUAAAAAUGACAAAAACUUACCAUUCUUGAGUUAAUAAAGCGUAAAAGUAGGGAAAAUAUGGAUAGCCAAGAAAAACCUGUAAAUCCUGAGACGAAAAAUGACGAUUCAAACACCCAACGGGCCCAUAUCAUCCAACACAUGCCCUCGUUCUCACGGCUUCAUCCCAUCAUACCAAAGCGAUACGUACCAGAGUGGAAAACAGACAUGGUCAACAGGACCAGACUGAUAAAGAACGCAAAGCAAGCCGGAAUCUACCCGGGCCCUCACGAUGAAAGCUUAUUUCUUGAGAAGAGAGAGAGACUGAACCACGGCGAAAAGAGAGGAUACGUUGUCGUGAAAACAACCGCUGCACCGCGUAGAGAACUCCUUCGACCCCCGUUCCCAUCUCACAUGAGCAAAUAUCAGAGCGAACUCAUGUACAGGAGAGACCCAUGGGAAGAAGAUUGAUCGAAUCCAUGAAAUUUUUGGUGUUUUUUAGUUUUUAGGAACAUUUCGUUCAUUUUAUAAUAAGUAUUCAAUCUGUGAAAUAACACACGUUAAAAAUAGAUUUAUUUUGUAUU